AUGAGACGUGUGGUUUAUGGGGUUCUUCCCCACCUAAAACAAACAAGUCGAACACUUCGUACACGACCAGAGUUUAUGCAAGAACUAGUGGAGAAAGUGACCGAGAAUAAUAAUAAUCUACCUCCACCUGCCUUUACAGCCAAAUGCUGUGAUUAUUUUAAACAAUUGGAUAAACAUGGAAAACGAGACUUUUUCAAGAUAUUAGCAACCGAAUUCGAUGUUGACCGGGAAAACGCGGUGAAAGAGGCAAAGUCAUACGUGCACGAGCAAAACAAGUCAGUCGAACAAAAUUUAUUACAUUAUCUUGAGCCAAAAUAUGCCCUGUUUUUCGAUCGAAUUCAUCAAUUACCCAAUGGUUUAAAACUUUUAGCAGAUAUGCGAUCUGAUCUCCUCGAUAUUAUGGGUCAAAGAGAAUCCGAGUCCUACCUAGAAUUUACCAGUUUGGAACAGGAUAUUCGUCUAAAGUUAAAGAAAUAUGUCAUUGGGUUUUUAAAAUUAGAGCAACUUACUUGGCAGACGAGUUCAGCGGAAUUACUUGAAAAGAUUUGCAGUUAUGAAGCAGUGCAUGCUGUGAAAGAUUGGAAAGACAUCAAACGAAGAUUAGCUUCGGAUAGACGAGUAUUUGCAUUUGUAGAGAACACGACACCCAAUGAACCCCUUGUGUUUGUUCAUGUGGCUCUUGUCCCUUCCAUCUCAACUUCAGUGCAAGCCAUUUUAAACGAACCAUUACCCUUAGAGGAAGAGACGAAGCAUUUCAAAUGUGCUAUUUGUUAUUCCAUCACAACACAACCGGGACUAGGAGGAAUUAAUUUAGGAAAUUAUCUGAUCAAGCAGGUCGUCGAUCGAUUGAAAACGCAGUAUCCUCAACUCGAGACAUUUGCCACCCUCAGUCCUUUACCGGGCUUUAGAAAAUGGUUAAUGCAUCAUGACGAGAGCGAUCCAUCGAUUGUAGCGGAGCUGGGUCUUGGCUGGAAAACAGAACUGGCUACGUUUGAGGGUCAGGAACAAUGGAAGAGUCCAUUGAUGAGAUUGUGUGCAAGAUAUAUUCUUGAUGAAAAGCGUAUUGAGACAAAUGCUUUGGAUCCACGAAUUUUCACUUACGAAAUGGAGCGUGUGCGCAUCAAAUUCAUUGGAAAGGGGAUACAUCUGACAAGGGAAUGCAUGAAUCCUUUGGCAUUAUGA